CUGGGCCCUGACGGGCCGGCGCGCUUGCCCGGUGGUAUGUGGGGGCUCCGGCGUGCGGAGUGGAGGCACGUCGUUCUCUGCGCCUGGCCGCGGAGCCUCUCAGGGCGCCGGAUCAAGGUGGCAGAGCUAGUCGAACCUUGUCUCAGAGCCGAGGGCGGCGGACUAGGUACUGCUGAGAGCGGGUUGAGGCGGUUUGGCACAUGGAGGCGCCCCAGCCUGGUUCGGGAUCCGGUCGAGCAGCCGCCGCGGCGGCCCAAGAGCUCGAACCCGUUCACGCGCGCGCAGGAGGAGGACUGGCGGCGGCGGAACAAGACCGUCCUCACCUACGUGGCCGCGGCCGCCGUGGCCAUGCUGGGGGCGUCGUACGCCGCCGUCCCUCUCUAUCGGCUCUACUGUCAGACUACUGGUCUUGGAGGAGCAGCGGUAGCAGGUCAUGGGUCAGACCAGAUAGAAAACAUGGUACCUGUUAAGGACCGUAUCAUUAAAGUCACAUUCAAUGCAGAUGUGCAUGCAAGUCUCCAGUGGAAUUUUAGACCUCAGCAAACAGAAAUAUAUGUAGUGCCAGGAGAGACUGCACUGGCGUUUUAUAAAGCUAAGAAUCCUACUGACAAACCAAUAAUUGGAAUUUCUACAUACAAUGUGUUACCAUUUGAAGCUGGACAGUAUUUCAAUAAAAUACAGUGUUUCUGUUUUGAAGAACAAAGGCUUAAUCCACAAGAGGAAGUAGAUAUGCCAGUGUUUUUCUACAUUGAUCCUGAAUUUGCUGAAGAUCCAAAAAUGGUGAAUGUUGAUCUCAUCACUCUUUCUUAUACUUUUUUUGAAGCAAAGGAGGGGUACAAGUUACCAGUUCCUGGCUAUAAUUGAAGUCAACAACUAGUUACUGCUACAGAUGGGUGACUUUUGAGAAAUGUAACUUGUCUUCUCAGAGGACAAAGUACUGUACAGUAAUGUGAAGCUUCUACUUUAAAUGUUAUGAACUGAGGCUGGGGAGGUACCAUAUGGUUAUGCAAAGAAGACUUUCAUGCCUACAACACCAAAAGUUCCAGGUUCAGUCCCCAGCACCACCAUAAACCAGAGCUGAGCAGUACUCUGGUAAAUAAAUAAAAUAAAUAAAUAAAUAAAAUGAAUUGAUUGGUGGUUCUUUUUCUUUUUGACCAGAGCACCGCUCAACUGAAGCAAUUCGUUGGUGGUACAGGGGACGUAGGACCGAGAACAUCUUAAUACUCUCUUUGGCCCCUGGUGGUUCUUUAUUCCCAACUAUUUUCUUUAACUUGAGACUAAGAGAAAAGAUUUAGCUUUUUAAUAUAAAAUUAGAAAAAACAUAUGCCUGUUUCUGAGUGUACGAGUAUAAACAUAUUGUAUUAUUAGCUUGGCGACUGAUUUUAUUUUAGACAGAGACAGGGAAAAAGCAGGAAGAAAAGGGAUCAUAGCAGCAAAACUUUCAAUGCUGUGAGGGCCAGGCUUAAGCCUGGGUUGUACAUAAGGCAUAACACACUAUACAAGUGAGUUGUGUUGCCAGCCUGACAAGUAAUUUUAAAAGAAACUUCUUUAUUAAAUAUGUAGUCAUGGAUUUGAUCAGUGAAAUUCAUUGGGUUUCAUCUUAAAUUAUUAGUCCUUUUUACAUGUAGCAUUGAGUUUUGGUUUUUGGUGCCCUUGGUUAUUUAUUAUAGGAUCUAGAUCAGAAUAGGAUUUGCAUGGUUACUUCUAAGAUAAUCACUAGUUUCUUUCAUCAUGAACAGUAACGUUUUCAUUAUGAACAGUAACAUUUAAAAAGCUCAGUAUGGAAGAAAAAUCUCUUAAUCCCUAACAGCUUGCUCAAAAAUGAGGUUUUUGACUUUUUUCCCAUUAAGAUCUAGAGCUAGUUUUUAAUCGUAGUAUUUACGUUACUUUGAAAUUUCAGUGUAAUUAAAUAGAAAUAAAAUGUGUGUCCACAGCACUUAAGUCCUAUAAUUACUCGAAAUUGCUGAAUGUUAAAAUGUUAGUGUGGGAUUAUGAAGAUUUUUUUUGACAUCAGAAAUUUAAACAAGCUGUAAAUAAAAAGAAAAGUUGUAUCAUUGUUUUAAUAAUAAUGUCAUUAGUAUCUGUCUGUAAAUGAAUGUACAAUUUCAGUAAUCUUUAUUCCAAAUAAGCUGCAUUUAAAAUGAAAAAAAAAAAACCAGAACAGUUAGUAUUACUAAGGAUCAUAUUUAUAAAGAAGUGCAAAUUGACUUUUACAUUCAACUUUAGUCAAAUGAAGGCACUCAUGCUUUUCCUGAGUAUUUUUUCACAUUUCAUACUUAUCAAUUCAGAAUUAUUUUAGUAAAAUGUAUUCUUUAGUUGUGUGAUGAUCUGUAAGUAUAGGAAGACUGUGAAACAUAAGAUGCUACAAUUAAAUCUGGUCUCAGAUCAAUGAGUUUAACUUGUGAAUAUAUGUUAUAGUCAUGUUCUUUAGAGGGAAAGCUUAAACUGUUGCCAGGAAGCAUAAAUGUCACUGAAACUGUUGCUCUUCUGUUAAACUUCAUUGUUGUGAAGGAGAAAUGUUUCAUCAUCAUAGGUCUUCUCUUCUGGACCAAGCUACCUUUUAGAGCUGGCUCCCCUAAUGUGAAUUGACCAUCCACAUGAACCUACAAUAAAAAGAAUAUAGCCUACUA